CUGGUGAUUUUUCGAUCGAAGAAAUUAGUACCAAAACAGUGCAGAUUUGUACAACUGAAAAUAAAAAUAAUUAUUUUAUAGUAGUUUUAAUAUGUUUUGCUAAUGGCCAAAAGCUUUCUUUCAUGAUUAUAUUUAAGAGUCAAAAAUGGCCUAAAACUAAGCCUUCAUCUUAUCCUUAUAUAAUUGUUUCUUUUUAUAAAAAAGAUUAG